UUGGAUGAGUUGUGUUGAUAGUUUUCGUAUAUAACAUCAUAAAGAUUCAAUACUGAUCAGUUCUCGUGUUUUUUUACAAUUUGUGAAAGAAAACUGUUUCAUUUUCAAAUUUAAAUGUUGUUUUAAAGUCAAACUUGGCAGGUUUAGUGUGAAUCUUCUCUUUUUAUUGGAUUUUUACAAACAAUUUGUGUACACAUGUGAUCAAUACAAUAAAAAAGGAACAUUUUAUUUUUGUGGAUGAUACCAACAAUGCGGCUGCCGUGAGAGUUACAAGACACGUCCAACAGAGCAGGAGCCAUGGAGGAGCGGGAGCCGGACGAUGGACCGGGCGUGCCCGACAUGACCAUGAUGCCUCAGAUCACUGAGGACGCCAUCAAUGAGAACCUGAAGAGACGGUACCAACACGACCUUGUAUACACAUACACUGGCUCUAUUCUCGUUGCGGUGAACCCGUACAAGGAAUUAGGAUGUUACACAACGGAACACAUGCAAGAGUACCGGGGGAAGACCUUCGGGAGUCUAUCGCCGCACGUGUUUGCUCUCGCCGAGUCUGCGUACAGCUCUCUACAGAAUGGCGAGAAGAACCAAUCGGUAGUGAUAUCAGGAGAGAGCGGGGCGGGCAAGACAGAGACUACCAAACUGAUCCUUCAGUACCUGUGCGCCGCCGGCGGACAGGCGUCCUGGGCUGAACAGCAGAUCUUGGAAGCCAACACGGUUUUGGAAGCUUUUGGAAAUGCCAAAACAGUACGCAACGAUAACUCCUCUCGCUUUGGAAAAUUUGUGGAGGUGCGAUUGGACCAUAGGGGAGGGAUUCGAGGAGCCGUUCUCAGGGACUUUUUACUGGAGCGUGCCAGGAUAACGGGGCCGUCUCCCAGGGAGACUAACUAUCACGUGUUCUAUCAACUCGUCGAGGGAGCUAAGCAUAAUGCCGAACUCCGCAACACACUGCGUCUCCGAGACGACGUCCAGUACAAAUACCUCCGACCUGAGGACGAGGAGGCUCGUAAAGGCCGAGCAGGGGAGCAAGGCAAGCUGGAAGCUCUGCAGCUGGCACUCACCGUACUUCAGGUUCCACCGCAUAUGUGCGAGGGACUGUUCAAAGUUUUAGCUGCUGUUUUGUGGCUGGGAAACAUUCAGUUUCAGGAUGUGGACGGUGAACGCACAACCCUAGCUCCAGAGGACACGGAAGCGGUAGACGCCGUCGCCAACCUGCUUGGACUCCAACCACCCACCGCCCAGAGAGUGCUUCUGGAGAGACAGAUCAAUGUGCGAGGGAACGUCACUGAUAUACCGCUGAGAUUGCCUGAGGCCCGUGAGAACCGCCACGCCAUGGCUCGAGCCCUGUACUCCCGCACGUUCGCAUGGCUCGUCCGCCACGUCAACAGCUGUUCAGCGCCCGGCCGAGAGGCGCCCAGGGCUCUGGGGGUCCUGGAUAUAUUCGGCUUCGAGAACUUCGCCUCCAACUCGCUGGAACAACUGUGCAUUAACUAUGCAAACGAGAAAUUACACAUGUUCUUCAAUAAUUAUGUGUUUGCGUUGGAGCAAGAGAUUUACCGCCAAGAGGGGAUUGUGUACAAUCAGAUCCAGUUCACAGACAACGCGGCCUGUCUGGAACUGCUGGAGAAACCGCCGAGGAGUUUGCUCAAAUUGCUGAGCGAACAGUGUCAUAUGCCAAAGGGUUCAGACGGCGCGUACCUAACCAACAUACAAGGCGAAUUCGGCGAUCACCAGAGUUUCGUAAAGGGCUCCCGACGGAAAUGGGAGGAAGAAUUCGGGGUCCAGCACUACGCCGGCGCGGUGACGUACAGCGUUCAAGGGUUCGUGGACAAGAACCGGGACACCCAGCAGGACGCCUUCAUCGACCACCUGAGCAGGUCGGCCAACCCAUUCGUCAGGGAGCUGGCUGAUUACGUACAGGAUUUGACUCCCCCGGGACAUGAUAUAUCUCUGUCAAGUCCAAACUCCACGAGCACCACACAGCGAGGCACCUCCAAAGGCAGGCCGACCGUCGUGGACACAUUCAGAGCACAAUUGCAAUCGCUCGUUGACAUGCUCCAAGUCACUGACGUUUGGUACGUCCGUUGCAUAAAGCCGAACGAGAACAAGGAAGCAGGCAAAUACGACGACCAACUUGUUCGCGAACAACUCAAGUACCUGGGCAUGAACGAGAUCGUCCGGAUCCGGCGUGACGGCUAUCCGGUACAUCUGCCGGCGCCGGUGUUCCGGCAGCGUUAUAGGUGUUUGUUGCCGCACCCGAGGCCCGUGGAACCGGAUAUACAAACAAUAACGGCGAUCGUGGAAGCUCCCAACGACGACUGGCAGAUCGGCAACACGAAGAUAUUCAUGAGGACAUCUGUACAUUCCCCGCUAGAGGCCAGGCGGACCGCGUUAUUGCAGAACUCGGCGCUUUGUAUACAGAAGUGGUACAAAGGAACAGUGAAACGCCGUCAGUACGUACAAUGGCGCAACGCUGUUAUCGUACUACAAGCGGCGUGGAGAGGAUGGAAGGAAAGAGCUGGCUUCCUCAGGCUAAGAAGAGCCGCUAUGACACUCCAAAGGCAUUUAAGAGGAGCCUUUGCAAGAGAAGUGGCCGCAGCUUUGAGAGAGAUGAAGAGAGUGAACCAGGAGAUUAAACUGAGAGAGGAGAGGAACAGCCUUGCAGAAAAGGCGAACCUAGAAAGGGCGGAACUAGAGACAAUGGCCGAUCAGCUCCGCGGGCUGACGGUUCCGGGGGCGGCAGAUUCAGUCAACUUGGACAACCUGUUCGACUUCCUCGCAGACGUGCCCACGCAGAGGGGGGCGCCGGAUGGGGAGCCCGAUGCUCAUCAGCCCACUAUUGCCGAGAUCGGAGACUCUAUGGAGAGGCUUGCUGAUGAUUUGCAUCAAGAGCUGGAACACGUUCUAGCAGCGGAAAUGAACGAAUUGAGCAAAUCGCAGACGCAAUCCCAACGCAUACCAGACGGCGCGCCUUCAGACUCCAUUCUGCCUCCUCCCCCCUUAUCCCUUCCCCUCCAAAACGUUACCCAGCCAUCCCUACCUCUACCCCCUUCUAUGACGUCAUCUAUGAACGGAUCUAUGACGACAUCCGUCAACGGAAUGUCAACUUCGGUCAUGUCGAACGGUAUAUCGCCGAUGUCGAACGGGGACUCGAUGACGUCAUCGCUGAUCCUGCCCCCGCCGCCGCCGCCGAUGGAGCAGGAAGCGGAGGAGUCGCCGGUGUUCCCCCCGCCCCCGCCGCCGCCGUGUUCUUUGCCGGAACCGGCGCAUCCGCCGCCGCCGCCGCCUGCUGGGAAAGAUACGACUCCGCCAGAGCUAACAAACGGCGUGAUCCCCAACGGGAAACUGUCAGUCAUAAACAGCAAGGAGCCCAUCUACGAGGCGGUGAUCCCGAGAGUCGAACCCGCACCCGAACCGCCGCCGCCCAUACCUCCGCCACAACUGCCCGAGAACAAUGGAGUCCCCGCCAAAGAACUAUCACCGGAGCCGGUAGAGGCGCCACUGCCGCCGCUGCCUGUCCCCGUGCAAGCUGAGAAGAAGGCGCCCACUCCUACCCCGCCGCCCAUACCCAUGGAUACUUGUCUGAGCCCACCGCCCAUGAUGAAUGGGGAAUCAAACAACUCUGAACGUUCAGCUCGUCGCAAAGAGCGUGUGGAACGUCGCCUGCAUCAGCUCGAAGCCGCUUCCCCCCCGAACAGUGCGGCACCACCGACCACUCCACCCCCAGAUUCCAGCGACCUGACAGAGUUCGCCAAGAUGUACUUCAACGACCACCCGCGUUCUCCUGAAGGUACAAUAAUGGCAACAUUGACUCGCAAAAGCAAAUCAAUGGAGGUGCUGACCAAGGAGGAAAUGAUAACGUACCACAAGGGGAACAACAUACCGACAUCCCAUAUACAACUGCACGACCCGGAUAGCGUCACCGCUGCCGUCAAUAUAUUUAGAGAUUUAUGCCGCUACAUGCGAGGCGAAUUGACAGCGGAAAAAGAGACCCAAGUGAUUCAGUCGUUGAUUGGUAAAGGUCUAGAACGAGAGGAGUUGAGAGAUGAGAUUCUAGUGCAGUGUGUUAGGCAGAUAACAGAAUGUCCAGUCGAAGAGUGGGCUGAGCGCGUGUGGUUGAUCCUGUGCCUGUGCGCCGUGGCGUGGCAGCCCAGCCGCGGGCUGGCGCGCUACUACUGCGCCUGGCUGCGGGCGCAGGCGCGCGCGCCGCCCGCCGCCCGCGCCGCGCACUGCGCGCAGUGGUGUCUGGACAACUGCCGGGGCGCGGCGCCGCGGACCUUGCCGCCCAGCACUGUGGAGAUUGCCGCAAUGCGUCGCCUCGGCACAAUCGUCUGCCGCUUCUUCUUCCUCGACGGCCGCACCAAGGCCAUAGACGUCCACCCGGCUGACACCGCCGCCGCGGCCGCCGCCAGGUUGGCGGACAAACUGGGGCUCGCCCCCCAGUCUAGGGCGGGGUGGGCCGUGUACCAGCAGAGGGGGGGCAGGGAAGAACAUGUGCGAGCGACGCAAUACUUGUAUGACGUCAUCGCUGCUUGGGAAAUGCAACAAGGCCCAGGAGGGGGGUCCGCGGACAACCGUUUCGUGUUCAAGCGUCGUUUGUUCAGAGGCGGACGAGAAUUACCGCACGAUCCCGUCGAAGUCGCAUUAUUAUACGCUCAGGCCGUGCAUAGUGUUGUAAAGAUGGACGAGUUCCCGGUGUCAGAGAAAGUGGCGCUCCAGCUCGCGGGGCUCCAAGCUCAGGUGUCGCUAGGGGAGCCCCCGCCCAGCCCGCCGCCCCCGCACACGCGCGCCUACUACGCUCAUCCCGAGCAGUUCCUGCCGCAGAGGAUAGCCAGGGCCAGGCAUGCUCAUCAGUGGGCCACGAUCCUGGCCCAAGCUCACCGUCAAUAUGGCGCCGGCAGAGCAGAGUUGACGGCCAAAGCGUUAUACUUAUCGUGUGUGAUGCAGUACCCUCUGUAUGGAGUAACCCUGUUCCCGGUCACCUACAAAGGAUAUUGGGCUCAUGGACCCAACGUUUUACUGGGCGUGGGCUCAGAAGGGGUGGUACUAGUUAGACCAGCGGACAAAGUGGUCCUAGCCGAGUACCCGUACAGCAACAUCGCCGCUCUGCUGAUGGACCCCGUGGACAACGGCCUCACUAUCAGCCUCACGCAUCACGGACAACACGACGGUCUACGAUGCAUAGUCCUGGAGUCUCCUCAAAAGAACGAAGCGGCUUGGCUCAUGGCGGCUUACAGCCCACCGCUGGGCAAUGGUCUCGCCGAAGAACCACCCAGGAGGGCUGCACCGGCUUCCGAACGAUCACGCUUGGCAGCAGCGCUGAGGGCUGCAAGAAGAGCACUGAUAGACUCUGGUCUAUUGAGAAGACCGGCGGAUUUGUCCACUACUGGAAACUUCUUGAGGAAUACUCUUCGAAGACUCAGCAAACAUCGCCUGGAGAGGGUGCGGCUGGACGUAGCGACGGAGAGCCAGGCGGAGUGCUACAAGGGGUUCCCGGGGGCGUACUGGGGCUGGUCCCGCUCCCUGCCGCACAGCCUCACCAAGCUCAACGAGGCCGAGGAGGUGGCCGCCAUGCAGAUAUUCAAGGACAUAAUGAGCCACGCCGGUCUGAACGUUAACGAGGGUAGCACGACAAACCUGGCGAACAACAACAGCAUCAGCAGCCAGGAGAGUGACAGCGACGACCGAGUGGCUCUGGCCCAGGCGUUGUUACAGCGAUGUCUGCAGAAAGAUACGCUGUUGUGUGAACUAUAUAUACAGCUUAUCAAACAGACGACGGAUCACCCCGACCCUUCAUCUCGCGUGUCUGCCCGCCAUUGGGCCUUAUUAUGCGCCGCUGUAGGGGCCGCCUUGCCCCCCACUAAACCAGUGAGGAGGCUGCUUCUGGCACACCUGCGGUACCGGGGCACUGCGCUACACGCGGGGGAAGAAGGGAAGUUCGCCAGGAGAGCUGAACAGAUCGCGCUCAGUAUCGCUCAAGUGCCGCGUCGCCUAGCCGCGCCAUCCAAAGAGGAACUGCUGUGUGCGGCGGCGCGGCGUCCCCUGCACGUGCGCGUGUUGCUGCUGGACGGCAAGCAGCACGGGCUGGUGUUCGGCCCGGCCGCCACCGCCGACCACCUCGUCAACAUGCUGCGCGAGAAGAUCGGGCUGAGUGACGCUGCAACAGGUUACGCCCUAUACGAAGUGUGCGCAAACUCCACGCCAGCGGGCGCCGGGGAGCGGGCGCUGAGCGGCGCCGAGCGCGUGGGCGACGUGCUGGCGCGCUGGGAGAAGGCCGGCGCCACCGCCGCCGCCUGCAGGCUGGUAUUCAAGAAGCGUCUCUUCCUGGGCGAGCGGCCGCUUCACACUCAAUGCGCGGCCGAAAUGGAGCUGUUGUACUACCAAGUGUUACACGCAGUCAGACACGACAGACUGCCUAUCGAAACCGACGAGGCUGUGAUGCUAGCCGCCCUCCACGCUCAAGUUGUCAACGGCGAAUGCGUCGGCGCCGGUGAGGAAUGUCUGGCGGCUGCUGGGGCCGUGCUGCCUCCGAGGCUGGCGCAGCCUGCACUGCCUGCGCCGGCUGUGAAGAGGCACCACCUGGCCUUGAGAGGAACUGAUCCACAUGUAGCCAUGCAGAGGGCGUUGACCUUGGCGAGCUCGUGGCCGCUCACUAGAGCGACUAUAUUUGAUGUCAUGCAAUCGUUCACAUCGAACUGGCCUCGCGCUCUAUGGCUGGCAGUGGACGCGCGUGGUUUGACACUGUUGCGUCGCGGGUCGCGGGCGGCGCUAGUGUCGCACGACCACGACCAACUGUUGGCGGUGUCCCCCGCGCCCCGGGCCCUUCUUCUGGUGACCCGCGCUGAUAGGAAGCACGCUAAGCUGGUGCUUUCUACCGAUCAGGCUUACCAAAUCGCGACCCUGAUCAAGGACUACAUCGAGGCGGUCCGCGGGCCCGUGUCGCCCGCCGUGGCGCCCCCCGCGGACCCGUGCGGCGCGGGCGGAGCCCCGGGCUCCUGACCCCCGCACGCCUAGUGCCAGUGCUUCCACGUCCGGCAGUAAACAGUAAGCGCGUUGCGAGGUAGUGGGGGGAAGACUCCUUGUAAACGCUUAGGGUCAAUGAUGUUGAAUAAUUUAAUUGAAGUUGCAAAAAGUCUAUUUCAGCAGAAAGACGCACAAUCUAUUCAUUUAAAAUAUAUGUAUUUGAGUACGAUUUCUGUAGAAAUAUAAAGUGUAUUAAGAAAUUCAGAGCGGCUUUACACUAGCUUGGCAACUAGGCGUUCGAUGAACGUUCGGUAAACGUCGCGACGUACAAUGCAUUAUUUAUCGAACACCAACGCUAGUGUAAACACGCUCUAUAUUGAAUAUCUGAUUUGACUGCACUUGUGUGAAUUUACUUUAAAGAAACGUCAAUAAAAUAAUAAGUCAAAAUUGUUGAACUUUAAGCGUUUGCAAUGAAUUUGCCUAAUCCCAGACGUAUGGCGGGUGAAGCUCAAGGGAUUCUGGUGAUGAAUUAAAAUUAUUGAAUUAUGAAGUGUUAUUUUAUUUUAUUUCUUAUAUUUUCGUGCAAAUAUUUAAAGUACUCGAAUAAAUGUUCCUGUUUGUGAAAAUACUGUCGGGUAAAUAGUAGUAAUUACUGUAGAGUAAUUUUGAAUUCUGGCCAGAAUCUGGAUCCUAAUGGUAACUCCAAAUGGUUGUAGUCACUAGUGUAAUCCUAGAAUAAUUGUACGGUAGACAGGAGUUACCGUUGUGCCCGCCUGCGCACUGGGAAUGCGUCGGGAAUCUAUCGGUAGUAGAAGUAAAUGUCGACUUGUGAAGUUGUACUAAAUAAUAUAGUAACGUUUAUCCGCCAGUUUUACCUGACACUCGUGUCUAUUUCACUUGGUCUUAUUAUAUAUACUUUCCAAUCCAUGGUGACAGACAUGUCAGUUGUCGUUUCACUUCAUGGCAGUUUCUCGGCCGAUCUACGAUUAGGAUUUGUAAAAAAAAUCUGCAAUUGGCUUUGCUUGAUUGUGAAAUGUAAAAUCAUGUCUUACGUUAAUUGGAUAGUCAUAUGAAAUAGACACAAAAGCUUUUGACAAUGGCUGGAUUAAUUAUAUAUGUAUUUUUUUUAAUUUAAAGCAUAUCAAAUAAAUCCACAUUUACUUCACAAAACGGGUAUGGUUUAAGUGGUGUUUGGUUUCGAGUGACAAGAACGGACGUUUUUCAGUUGCCAGAAGACGGGGAAGCGAAAAUAUCCAAAGUAUACAAUAGUUUUUAAAUAAGCACAGUAAUAUUAUCCCAUUGUAAACAGAAUAUAUUCCGCUCUUCCUUAAUGUUACGUCAGUAUUAUCGCUGUUAAACGUAUGUUACACGUAAUCAUGUUGGAGGUUAAAUAUUAAGAUGUUUCUCAAGUUAAUAGUUUUAAAUAAAUCUUACUCCCCUCUUAGUUGGUUAACUGUAAGACUUGGCGGGUUGCAACAUUUAAAUUAGCACUAUAACAGUCACUAAAAGUUUCAUUAUCUUGUUAUUUCUUAACUGACAAUGUUUGCCAUUAUAAAUGUUUUAGAUUGAUAGUUGCUUAAGCUGAGUAUAAAACAUUUUUGAUAAGUCACUCUAUGAAAUCAUUAUUUAAUACGCUUAUGGCAAAACAUUCUAAUGUAGUUAAAAAUAAGUGAAUAAAUACUGUGACUGUUUAAGCUGUGUCGUUAAAAUGUUGAUACAAGCCAAGUAUGAGAUACACUUAGCCAAUCCCACUCUCGUAAAACCCUAUAAUCUAUAUCGCGUAUAUUCCUAUGUUUAGCAAGAUAUGCGGUAUUUUCUAACUGUAAAAAAAAACACUUUAUUGUUGAGUUAGCAUAGUUCUUUGCUCAAUAAUAUUCUUCCUAUUCUAGCAAUUUGCGUGAACUUCCUAAACUCUUGUUUUGUGCCUUGAACUAGAUAAUGGUGCUUUAUAUAAUGCUGGGGGAGUCGUUUUUGUGUGUUAAUGCUAAAGAAAUGUAAUAGCAAAAAACUACUAAUCUCUAAAUCCGCAUAAAAAAUAUUCAUUGUAUCGCAUUUGAUUAUACAAAACAUAAAGAGCCUUGCUAAAUAAAUCAUAAAUCUGCCAUACUCUGAAUUAACACACGAAAAGACAAAUUGUGGCGAAAUAUUGCAACAGCAACAUUCUGAUGCCCACAUCAAAAGUUGACCUGAGUUUUUUCGACUACACUAUUACAUAUAUAAACGCAAUAAUUAUUCAGUAUUAGGAAUACAGUUGACAAAGAACAUUAGUACAUAGUUAUUUGUCGAAGCGGCAUCCCUUAACGUUGGUGUUUUAAUAUGACAUUGCGCAGUAGCUCCCCUCAGCGAGCAUUAUCUAGCGAUGAUAUUCACUGAGUAAUUCGUGCAAAUUUAUUGUGACUGCGAGAUAAUUACUGAUUGUUUGAAAUUUACUCGAUAUAUCUUCUAUCAUGCAUAUUACAUUAUAUUGCAUAAUGUUAUGUCUCAAUAUUUUAUGAUAAAAAAAAUAUAUUUGAUAUUGUAAACUAGAGUUGAUAUCGUAGGCAUUUUGCUUCUAGUAAUGCUAGGUAUAGUUUUGAAGGGGUCAUCGUAUUUUAUCAACUGUUUCUCAUGAAAAGCUAAAUUUAUAGCAAAAAUGUACUGUAAUAAAAAAUAAAACGAGAAAUGUCCAAAAUACCUGAUCUUGUAUAUCAAAUAUUGUGCUGUGUUUAAUGGUGAAAUAUUUAAGAUUUUAAAAUUAUCUAAAAUUUUUGAACUUUCCUGUUUAAUGUAAAUCUCUGUUAAGAUCAAAAUGAUAGUGAAAAUAAACUUAGGCAUAUGAAUAUUUCGCCAUGAAAUCAGUGUUCUGUAGAAGUCGGAAUAAUAUGUAUAAGAAUUUAAUAUAAUUCCGAUCUAUGGUGUUUACUCUAUAGUCAAGACAUAUGUAAAUGUUUUCAACUAUGUGAAAGCCAGACGUUUAUAAAGAGACGCUCAUCAUAUCUAUGCAUACUUGAAUAAUGGAAUAAGGCUUGAGCCUCAUUCGCAUCGUCGAUGUUCUGUAUCUAUAGAGGUUUCUAGGAUAUUAUACAUUUAAUUUUUUAAGUCUGUUUGGUGCUUAGAUCCACUGUUUGUUUAGCUUGUAUUUCUGAUCUCAUAUUGAGUAUUAUUUAUUUAGAU